CUCCCUCUCUCCUUUCCACCCCUCACCCACCAUGGCGAGCAGCAGCGGCUCCAAGGCCGAGUUCAUCGUCGGCGGCAAAUACAAGCUAGUGCGGAAGAUCGGCUCGGGCUCCUUCGGGGACAUAUACCUGGCCAUCAAUAUCACCAACGGGGAGGAAGUGGCUGUGAAGUUGGAGUCACAGAAGGCCAGGCAUCCCCAGCUGCUAUAUGAAAGCAAACUGUACAAGAUUCUGCAAGGGGGAGUUGGCAUCCCUCACAUACGGUGGUAUGGUCAAGAGAAAGAUUACAAUGUUCUAGUCAUGGAUCUUCUUGGACCCAGCCUUGAAGAUCUCUUCAACUUCUGUUCUCGCAGAUUCACGAUGAAAACAGUACUUAUGUUAGCAGACCAGAUGAUCAGUAGAAUUGAAUAUGUGCAUACAAAGAAUUUUAUACACAGAGACAUUAAACCAGAUAACUUCCUAAUGGGUAUUGGGCGACACUGUAAUAAGUGUUUAGAAUCUCCAGUGGGGAAGAGGAAAAGAAGCAUGACUGUUAGUACUUCUCAGGACCCAUCUUUCUCAGGAUUAAACCAGUUAUUCCUUAUUGACUUUGGUUUGGCCAAAAAAUACCGGGACAACAGGACAAGGCAACACAUACCAUAUAGAGAAGAUAAAAAUCUCACUGGUACAGCCAGAUACGCCAGCAUCAAUGCACAUCUUGGCAUUGAACAGAGUCGGCGUGAUGAUAUGGAGUCAUUAGGAUAUGUAUUGAUGUACUUUAACAGAACCAGCCUGCCAUGGCAAGGAUUAAAGGCUGCAACAAAGAAGCAGAAGUAUGAAAAGAUUAGUGAAAAGAAGAUGUCCACUCCUGUUGAAGUUUUGUGUAAGGGAUUUCCUGCAGAAUUUGCAAUGUAUCUGAACUACUGCCGUGGGCUGCGCUUUGAAGAAGCUCCUGAUUAUAUGUAUCUGAGGCAAUUGUUUCGUAUUCUUUUCAGGACUUUGAACCACCAAUACGACUACACGUUUGACUGGACAAUGUUAAAGCAGAAAGCAGCACAGCAGGCGGCCUCUUCCAGUGGGCAGGGGCAGCAAGCCCAAACCCCCACAGGCAAGCAAACUGACAAAUCCAAGAGUAACAUGAAAGAUUAGCGCAGAAUUCAAGUUUUGUCUUACGUAUAAUCAACACAUUUAAGGUUUUUGAGCAUGAAGAAGAGAACAGAUGAAGCAGAGCAGAACGGAGCAGGAUGUAUCACUCCCCAAAUCCUAGGAAUUUUAGUUCAUAAACACGCCAGAGGUUGUGGGAAACCAUCUACUUGAUGUAAAGGACUUAAUUUCAGUAUAAACUGGCUCUGGGCAGCGCUGUUACUGCUGCACCUUUGAGUUGUAGCAGCUGUCAUUGUGAAUAUUACUGAGAUAGUGAAAUAUGGUGUCCAGUUUUCUAUUACAUUUUUUCAAGUGGAAGAGUUAACUGAAUGGUUGACACACCAGUGGUCGAAAGAAUUGUGCAUAUGCCAAUUUUUGUAACCUUUUUACUUUGAACUACACUCCUUACAAGAUCUUAUUUUGGAAGAAUGGCAUGAACAGUCUUCAGCAACAGUUGUGAUAAUUGUAAAUGCUCACAAUUGUGCACUUUCUGGAUAUUCCUCCCUGGUUUGAAAGUUGUACACUUAAAACAUUCUUAAAAUUGCUCAUGUCUGUGUGACAUAAAGAGCCAGCUGACAUGGUAGUAACCAAAGAUUCCAGUUUUUAAGCAUAUGAAAGACUCUGCCUGCUUACCUGUGCUAGAAAUAACAGCAUCUAAAGUGAAGACUUAAGAGAAACUUAGCGACUACUAGAUUAUCUUUAGGACUCUGCAUUAACUCUAUAAUGUUCUUGGUAUAAAAGAAGAAACAGCAUAUUUGUCACAAAUUUAGUUAACAUCUUACAACUGAAACUGUAUGUAAGUUGCUUAGAUAAAUGUAAUCACUGUAAACAUCUAUAUGAUCUGGGAUUUUGUUUUUAUUUUGAAACGGGAGCUUUUUUGUUUACAAGUUCAUUAAAAACUAAACUGUUUCUGUACGGAAA